AUGCCUUCAGAGAUCACCUUGAAGACUGUCCUAUGUUUCUGGUCCAUCUGCAUGGCCCUGGGGAGGCCUCCUUUCCCACUUAACUCGGGGGACUUGAACUUUCCACCUUCUGGACUACACAGCCAUUCUCAGAAGCUCAGGGUUCCUCCUUAUAUGAUGCAGCUUUACCAAACCCUCAUGGGUGAGCACAAGGAUCCUCACAGGCCGGAAAAUCAAAUCUUGGAAGAGUCCAACACUGUCCAGAGCCUUCCUGCUAAGAUUUUCCCCAUUCCUGUUCAAAGACAUACAGAAGAGCAUGAUUCGUCGAACAAGAACAGGCACUUACACAAAAUGGAUUACCCCGUCUACAUGAUGCAGCUGUACCAGUCACUCAUAGGAAAUGGGACUGAUUUUCCUGGCUUGGAACAUCCUAUCCUGCAGGAAUCUGACAUGGUACUGAGCCUCACUGCCAAGAGUUGCAGUGAAGCGGGAAACCUUUGGAGGAUGUCCUUCGAUAUGUCUUCAAUCUCCAGCAGCACCGAGCUUAAGCUGGUGGAACUCAGAGUUCGUCUUCCUUCUUUCCAUAGGGCACGCAAUAUCACAGUGGAGAUCUUCCAUUCUAAGGAUGGUCAACACAAGCUCUUCAUGGGGUCGUUCAUGGCCAACCCUUCAGCUGCAAAAGGCAACUCUUGGAAAAUCUUUAACUUGACCAGAAUUCUCCAAUCCUCCAUCCACCAUGGGGAGCCAAUCUUAAAUCCUGAAUAUGUAGCAGCAGAGGACAUGACAGAGCGGCACACAGAGUCUGGUAAUGUUAGGGAGCCUGGACAAGUUCCACCUCCAAAUACAGAUCCUUUGCCUGCUCUGCACUUCUCCGCAGAAAAAGUCAUGCUUGUUGUGUUUGCUAGGGAAAAGACCUCUGCCAGCCAUUUUGGCUCCCCCAGCCUCAUUAAGACUGUCCAGUCCUCAAAGUACAUCAUGCCAGAGAGGACGACCAAAAUGGCUGGUCUAAGGAGACACAGGAGAAACCACAAUUCACACCACAGCAUAGUUGUCAACAGCCUCCCGGCAAAAGCAGAAGCCGGCGCACCUCUAUGCAGGAGGGUAGACAUGUGGGUUGAGUUUGACAAGAUCGAAUGGGGAAAUCGAAUCAUCUACCCAAGAAGGUACAAUGCUUACAGAUGCGAGGGAACAUGUCCAAUUCCGCUGAAUGAGACCUUCAAGCCAACCAACCAUGCAUUCCUAAAGAGUCUGGUGAAGAUGUAUGAUUCUGAGAAGGUUGAGUGUCCCUCCUGUGUACCAGUGAAGAUGAGUGCGCUGUCAAUGUUGAUGUACGAAGACGACAAUGUCUCACUGAAGCACCACGAGGACAUGGUGGUGGAGGCGUGCGGAUGCAACUGA